AUGAUGUCUCUCGAGGAGGAGCUGAAGAUCCGCCACGAUUGCCGGCCUGGACUUUCCCUCGCUGACUUCGAAUUUGGAUCGGUACAUCAGCUCUUCCGCCGUCAGGCUAGCAGGACACCAAAUCUUCCUGCAAUUGAGGGCACCGGAGAAUACGUGCUGACCUACCGCGAACUGGACUUCAUGUCUGACCUAAUGGCCAGAGACCUGGGCCUUCGCCUUUCGGGCGUUGCCCCGUAUCCACUCAAUACCGGCUUGGUCAUGGACUGCGGCGUUGUCGUAGGAAUCAUGCUGGAGAGGUCACCUGCUAUCGUGGCUGCAGUUUUGUCGUGCUGGAAAGCUGGAUUUGCCGUUGUUCUAGUUGAUCCCAACCAGCCCAAGUCAAGGAAUGGUCACAUCAUUGAGGAUUGCGGUUGCAGUCUCCUAAUCGUGGACAAGUCGCAACGUGAGAAUGCUGCCUCUUGGGAAGCCCUCACAUGGCAUUAUGCUGGAAGAACACGGGCUUCGAGGUCUUUGCUCUUCUUCAACCCCAUUUCUUCUGCGUCUGGCACUGCCAUCUGGACGAUUUUGACCAAUGGAGGGUGCCUCUUCAUUCCUCCCCAAGAUGAGAUCACCUCAGACCUUGCGAACUGCAUCAACCGUUAUCGGAUUGACGAUAUGUGCAUCACCCCCUCGUCUAUCUCACUCAUCAACCCAAGCCAGGUUCCUAGUCUUAAGACUGUCUCUCUUGUUGGGGAAGCCGCCUCAUGUACUGUCACGGGAACAUGGAGCCCUUAUGUUUCUUUACGCAUAGGCUACGGCGCCACGGAAAUGAACUCUCACUGUCUGCCUUUUCAUGACGAGCCCACCGGAACUCUGCCGCCCUAUCAUUCACUUCCCAGCUCUGAUUACUCUCUCUACAUCCUUCGACCGGGUACUAUAGAGCUCUGCCCGCUUUACACUCCAGGAGAAAUAUGCCUCAGCUCAACAUGGAUGAGUUCGGGGUAUAUCAACAGACCCGGUGCAACCUCACAGGUCUUUUUGCCUCAUCCAUUCCCAGGAGACGCGGGUCACACCUAUAUCUACAGGACUGGAGACCUGGGUAUCUUUGUUGGUGACCAGGCCUUCGUCUUACUAGGCCGAGUUGACUUUCAAUUCAAGAUAGACGGUAACCGCGUACAGCCGGAGGAGGUCGAGUACAUCAUCAGUCAGAUACCGCACGUGAUCAGAUGCAGGGUCAUACUUAUCGAGCCGUCUGUAAGACGUCCGGUCAUUACGUGCUGUGUGGUUCUGACUGAUAUCCUGACUGCCGAUAUUGAUGCCGAUAGCUUUUGGGCUGACUUCAUUUGCAAGGCCGAAGUGGCUUGUUCUGAUCAUUUACCGGCGUACAUGAAGCCACAUAGAUGGCUGCGCUUUAAGAAGUUCCCCGAAACUGCCACGGCGAAGACAGACACAGCCGCUUUGACCAGGGCUGCUAAAAGUCUCAUCGACAGCGGAAGCCUGGUCAUGACAGAUGGCUAUCUGCAGAAAGAUUCGAAAUUUAUCCUUGGCAACGGCAGAAUAUUUCUGGACUUGGCCACAGAAAUCCUGGCUGGCUCAGACUGUGAUGCAAUCUCCCUGGAAGACUCUCAAAGUAUUCAGGCUCGGUCUUUCAUCGAAAAUGGAGGCACGUCCUUGCUGUCUCUCCAACUCAGGGCUCAACUGCGUAAACGAGAGAUAGAUCUACCCAUGGCUACGCUCUACAGUACGCGAAGUCUUGCAGACGUGGCUCUAACGCUCUCUGCUAAGGAGGAAGACGCCUUUGAAUCGAUCUUGAUCAAAUCCGUCAAACCAGUUCCAAGCGCAACAAAUGGCCUGCUGCGGAGAAUGGCCUUAGAUACCGAGUGCGGUUCUGAGAGCUUCGAAGCCGUAUUUCCGAGCACUAUCCUACAACGAGAGAUGUUCGUGACCAGCAUACUGGAACCCAAAUCAUGGAUGUUCUAUCAGUUCUUCGACCUCUCCCAGUCCGACUGCACCGAAGCCCAACUUCUGGAAGGAAUCCGUCUGUUGGUGUCGAAGAAACAGAAUUUAAGGACCGUAUUUUCUCUUCUAGACGUGUCGGUCAACCCAAAGACAAUCGAAACCCCUGACAGCGCCUUCGACCUGAUCAAGAAUGCCGAAUUCGUUCAGGCUGUGCUCAAGCCAUCCGAGUUGAAAAUUGACCUCUCCCAAGACACCGAGAUCGUAGACCCCGACAUUCAUCGCAUCAGAGAUUCGAUGAGGCCCUGGUCAUUCCUUCGACCGCUCUGGAGAGUAGCAUUCUUGUCGAAUCCGCGGCUUCUCGCAUGGACUUUUCACCACUCAAUUGUCGACGCAUGGGUGGCACGUAAUAUUGCAGAAGACCUUCACGCAAUUCUUGCGUCCAUAAUCCAGAGAGACAGCUGCCAGGGAGGAUGGCAGCGCUUCUUGACCGAGGCGUGCGAGAAUGCGGCGAGGCCGUCGAUGGAGCAGUGGGCGCUCAAAACAUACGGCGUUGAUGGCUUAGGCAGUUCCCCAGAUUCUGUAUUACAGAAGCACAUGAGAAUCUGGGAAGACUUCAUGACCGGGGCACGAGCAACUCCGAUACCUGAUGAAGGGAAGCUUCCCCCUCAAGCCCUCCCAGCCCCUCCUCUCUUCAAGAGAAUUGAUUCACUCCCGUACGGCGCCUGGUGCCGGAGUCACCAUAUCACACCUGCUGCGCUGAUCCACGCCGCAACCUCUCUGACAAUAGCCCGUGUGUUGAAAUGGUGGCGACCGGGAGGGCCGCAAGAAAUGCCGGAAGAGGUGGUUUACUAUCGACUCAGUGCCAACCGCGCCGACAUCGAAGAUGCAUCUGAGAUGGAGGGGGCCCUAAUAUCCAUCAGCCCUAUCCGAGUCCCUGUCCCCGCCGAGGCCGACAUUGUGGAUAUCUCGCGGCGCGCCUUCAGCAACUGGCUGACGACACAGGAAUCGGAUCCGUAUUACCAGGACGGGUAUCUCGUUGCCACGGGUCCCGAGGCGACGGCGAGGCAGCGGCGUUGGGGUAACGUGCUUCUCAAUCAUAUUGUCAACCAAAAAGAAGAAAGGCAGUCUGCGGCCGCUCUACGGGGGGUUGUCGAGGAUCGAUGCGGUUAUGCAAUGGUCUGGCCGUUCGCGGCGUUGGAGAUGACGGUUGUAGAGACGGAUUCGUCAAAGGCUGACAGUCUCCAGUUGUGUAUUCUUUCCACACUGAACCAACGGGAUACUGAGGAGUUUAUGGAUAUCUUUGCUAGGAUUCUCGAAGGAGCAUACGAUGUCCAGCAGAGCUUACCUAACCAACGCGAAAAUUAA